AUGACGGCACUCACAACGCCUCAAUCGCCGGGCAUGGGGAUGUCAACAUCGAACAAUACUUCUGUUAAGCAACCGGUCCUCAAUACUCCCAGUGCUGGCAAGAAGCACCAGAUUUCACCAGGUGUUUCUCUUAUUUCUGGCGGUAUUGCUGGAGGUGUUGAAGCGGCCACAACCUAUCCGUUUGAGUUCGCAAAAACAAGAGCUCAACUUUACACGACAACAUCUAAAAACCCAUUCGCGGUCAUUACUCAAGUCGCCAAGCAAGACGGUUUGAGAGCUAUCUAUACUGGAUGCUCGACCUUGAUUAUUGGCACAACCUUCAAAGCUGGGGUUCGGUUCCUAUCUUUUGACUCCAUCCGCAAUGCGUUGAUGGACGAGAAGGGAAAGUUGACGCCGGCGAGGGGCAUCUUGGCUGGCAUGAUCGCAGGAUGCGUUGAAAGUGUCGUUGCAGUGACUCCCACAGAGCGUGUCAAAACUGCGCUGUGA